GGGAUGGUGAUGUGAAACAGGCAAACUGAACGAGUCAAGGUUGUACCAUGUAUCUACUGUCUUUAGCAUCAAAACUAUGAUAACAUAGCACUGUCAUUCCGGUAAAACAAAAAAAAAAAAGCUGAAAAUAAAUAGCAUUAUGCCUUAUUAGCUAAAGCGACAUGAAUUGUAGCCUAGCCUAGCAUAACUAGCCAGAUUUAGUAAAGAGGCUAAUGCUGCUAUCAAGUUUUAACUAGUGUUGGCCUUAAACACGAGUAAAUAAAACUGUUAUGAACGCUUUAUUAACACUGGUGGGAUUUUAAAUUGAUUUACAAACGUUAAUGUUAGAGGGGAAACAUCAUGUAUGGCAAAAUAGUCUGCACAGCAACAGCAGCCGUUAGCGUCGGUUGAAUGCAAACCAUCCCCACAUGGUUUCCGGGGAGAUUGUACAGCCGUGUUGUUCUUGAACACAUCGCCUGCUCAACAGCACUGACUCCCGGGUACAUAUCUACAGAUACAAGACCACAAGUUCUCUAUCUGUGUCUGUAUUUUAAUAACUAACACGCGUUUAGUCAAGCGUGUGUUGUUUGAGCUGACUUUUAUCCCCCAAACUAUGGUUUGUUUUAGUUUCUGUUAAACUAUUACAGCAGCAGCUGAGAGCUCCAGUCUGCGAGCAAAGACAGAGGAGGGAUGUCGCGCGGUGAGCUGGAAAAGCUGGACCCGGCUGUUUUCCAGAAGCAGUUGCACAGUCUGAAAUUUAGCAUGGACGAAGAGGGGGAUAGUAACAUGUGCAUUGACACUGACUCUGACACAGCUGACCCGAAGGAUGGUUCGAAGUGUAAAGUCAAAUGGACUCAGGAAGAAGAUGACAAUCUCAAAAUCCUGAUCAACAAUGUUGGGAAAAAGGAUUGGAAAACCAUUGCAGUUUUUUUACCGGGGCGGACAGAAUCUGACUGUGUGCACCGCUGGAAAAAGCACCUGGAUCCUGAUUUAGUCAAGGGCUUCUGGACCAAAGAAGAAGAUGAAAUGAUAGUAGAACUGGUGGCCAAGCACGGCAUCAAACAGUGGUCUUUAAUUGCCACGCACCUGAAGGGACGUUUGGGGAAACGGUGUCGUGAGCGCUGGCACAACCACCUCGACCCACUUAUCAAAAAGAGCUCAUGGACCGAUGAAGAAGACCUCAUCAUCCACAAAGCCCGCACCAUUUUGGGAAACCGGUGGGCUGAGAUUGCAAGGUUGCUCCCUGGAAGGACAGACAAUUCUGUGAAAAAUCGCUGGAACUCCACCAUCAAGCGAAAAGCAGAGUUGGGCUUGUACAAAGACCUAGCUGACAGCAUUUCCCUUGAUAUUCAACACUUUGUGGAGGGAGAGUUGGACUUCAAAUGUGACGUUGUAUUAGACACUGAACCAGUAACUCCUAAAGUGAUCAGGCUAGAGAAAGAAAAGAAGCAGGAGUGUCAGAAGAAAGUCAGACCGAAGAAGCCUGCUCCGCUUCCACAGACUUUAGCAUCCAUGAGUCCCUCCUUGCCCCGCAGUUCAAGUUCCAGUCCCAGCUCUAGCUCAGGCGCUGCACCGGCACCUGCGCCAGUGGACCAGAAGUUUGUGAAUGCAGCACUAAGGAUGGUCGCUGAGGACAUGCUGCCACUCAGUUUUGUUGAAGGUGCAGGCUUCAGGUCCUUCAUGAGUACCGUCAGGCCUGAAUGCAACAAGCUAUCCCAGCGUGUCAUGGGCCUACAACUCUAUGAUGAUGUGGAGAGAACCAUCAAGCCUCAGCUCAUUCGUGACCUUAAAGCUUGCCUUGCCAAUACCAAAGAUGGUGAGAGCCCCAUUCAUGUCACCUUCGACCUUUGGGCAGGGGAUGAUUCCCAUCCAGUGGAGGAUCCCAUAGUUGUGGUGCAGCUCCACUUUGUCAGUGAUUCCUGGCAGAUCCACCGUCCCAUUGUGGCCUUCCGUCACCUCAGCCACAAAAACCUCAGCACUGCUGUGGCCAGGGAGCUUGAAGGUGUUCUGCUGAGCUAUGGCAUAUUUCCUCGCAGCAUCGGCUACGUCCUCACCAACCAGGCCAAAGAAGCCCUGGCUGGAAACAGUUUGUUCUGCGACUAUAAGAUCAUGUGCUCAUCCAGCAGGGGGGAACCAGAUGGAGAUGAGAUGGUGAAAUUUUUGUCGAACCAGAUGCCUGAAACAGAAUCCCCUUUUUCAGAGCUACAGAUUGGGAACAGGCUCACCUGUGUGGCCCGAACAUUGCAGCUUGUGAUUAAAGAGGCACUGCAGAACUCCAGGGUUGUGGAAAACUUAAUCUCCCAGGUCCACAACGUGGUGGCUUUUUUUAGGAGCAGCGCCUACUGGAGCGAGGUUUUGAUGAAGGAGUGCAACGUGUCCCUGUGCCCUUCCUCCAGUAGCUGUCGUUGGAACUCCAUGAUGCUGUCUUUACGCCGCAUGGUGCAGGAGACCACCUGGAGCGCCAUCAUGACUCUUUUAGCUCAGGCUCGCAUAGAGGCCGACGACACAGCCAGCGUCCCGCCUCUGGUCAUGGCCAAGAGGGAGCAAGUGAUUGACAUCCUGGGUGUUCUUGAGCCUUUUGAGGAGGCCUUGCAGGUACUGCAAGGAAAUGGAGUGAGUAUUUCUUAUAUCACACCUUCUCUUAUCGGCCUUGAUAAGGCCCUGGAGAGCAUCGUCACCAACUACACCCACUUCAACAAGGCCCUGCGCACGGGCCUCCACACACACUUCCAGUCCCUGACUCACCAGAAGGACCUGAUAAUAGCUGCUGUGCUGGACCCGAGGAUCAAACUGCAGCCGUUUCCAGAUGCCAUACAGAAGGAGGAGAAUACGGGUUUCCUAUCGCCACCGCCAAAGCAUCUGGCGCGCACCAUCGUGGAAGCUGCCUUAGAAAGCAUGGGGGCCUCAGCAUCUCCCUCUGUUGAGGCAGAUAAAGAACAGACAAGCAACGAGGUGAAUCAGCAGAAUGGCGAAGAGAAGAGCCAAGACAGCAUGCCGGGGGAGGUAUCUGGUGGCAGCUCCAACGACAACAACUGCGAAGGAGUCAGCGGGAUCAACCUCAAGCGCAAAUCCAUCUUCAACUUCCUCCAGCCGCCGGCAAAGACCAUGAAGACAGAGCUUGAUGCGUACCUAUCAGAACCACUUCGGGAAAGCAACUCUAAUGUGUUGUUCUGGAAAUCUGCAACUCGGUUUCCUCUUCUUCAGAGCAUCGCCAAGAACUUGCUGGCAGUGCCGGCCACAUCAGGGGGGUUCGACCGGCUGUCUCCCAUGGCAGCGUGUAUCGUUAGAGCCAAGAGGAACCGACUGCCAUCUCACACCACAGAAAGACUUCUUCUAUACAAAAACUCUUUAAAGACCAAGACUGGUAAAAAGCCCAGUGGGGUCACUAAACACUGAUGGGUUAUGUCACGAUUGGGUCUGGUUAUUCAGUCCUCUACAACUGAUCCGCCAUACUAUGCUUUAAGAAUGGACAGCAUCCCCCUCAAAUACAUUUCUUCAAAAUAUUGGCUUAAACCAACUGAACUCAGCCUCAUCUGAACAUUGCAGCAGUAGUCAACAGCAGCAAUAUAUAAUAUACUAAAACUAUAUUGACAAAGAGUAGCUUGAGGAUCUCUUUGGUUAAAAUCGCACAAUACAGCCUAAUGCCAACCAGCAGGCUACUGUAAUACAGCACAAACUAUUUCUCUGCUAGUGAAUAGAGAGUGAAAUGCAACUUCUUUGCACUUCAAAUAAAGCAGCUCGACUGUAAAAAUGCAAUCCUGAAAUAGUUUAAAAAGAUGCUACCCUCACCGUUGCUGCAAUACAAUUGCUUCAAACAUCAGCCUGUGUUUCUGUUUUUUUUGCUCUGGUCUUUGGCAGUCAAAUGGCUAUGCAGUAUGCAUGGCUACUCAGUACCUAAAGCAAAAUGUUUAAGUGACCAACAUUUUCUGUUACUAAAUGUUUUGCAAUUGUCCCUUCCUUGUUAUUUAUUUGUUUUGUAUGCUGUAGAGCAAGGGCAGAUUGAACAAGACCAAACCUCGUCAGGUUUUUGUUUAUUUUCUUAAUCUUUCUGAAAUUGUUUAUAUUUUUCCAUUAUUGGUCAACUAUGCUUGAAAGGUGGCCUUAAUGAUUGGUUUUCUCAAGAGUCUUGUAGAUUUACUGUUGUUGCUCUUAACGGAAUUGUUACUUGUUAUGGGGGAUCAAUGGGAAGGGUUAUCUGCAACUGGCAUUGAUAUUAUAUAACAGGUAUGCUUUUAAGCCAUCAUUGAAUGACAGCUAACUGAUUUAUUGCAGUGAUAAUUGUCCAUAUUGUGCCAAUAAAUAAAUACCAGUGUGAACUUAAA